ACAAGCAGCACACGGGGGCUCAGUGUUCACGCUCAGCUCGUCUCCAGCAUGAAGCUUAAUCCUCAGACAGUCUGUCAGCUCACCUUCCUGAGCUUCUGCUGUGUACUGAUCACAGUCAGAGAGUCAGACGGCGCAUUUAUCCCAGGAAGAUGUUCGUGUCCAACUACGCAGCGAGGUGUCCGAGGGCAGCUGAAAGCGCUCAAAAUCUACCCAAGAAGCCCUAGCUGUAACAAUAUCACAGUCAUAGUGACACUAAAGAAAAACGAUGGGCAAGUCUGUCUGGAUCCAGAGGCACCGAUGGGCAGGCAGCUGAUUCGCUGCUGGAGAAGAUCUCAUAAUUUGGGCCGUGAUGUUUCGGUGUGUCUGAAGAGGAGGAGAGCGCGAAAGGGGAAGGGUCAGCGCCAGCAGGCUUCACAGAGGAGACGUGGUCACAACAGGAGAGCCUCAUCCUCAAACUCCCAGUAGUUAAGCUGACAAAUGAUCCAAAGCUACUGCACGAAGAGAAGAGUGUCCAGGCUGAUUCUUGCCACACUGUGGACUCAUACUGGACCUACAGGCCGCCAAUGGCAGCCACUUUUCCUUCUACAAAUAUCAAACAUUUCAGACAUAAAGCUCCCCUAAACUGUCGCCUGAGUGAGCUGUAUAUCAAACUCUCUCAACCAGCAGCAGGAGGUUUUACUUUUUUCUGUGCAAAUGACUGAUGUAGCGUUAAAAAACUAAGCCCUGGAGGCUCAUCAUAAAUGUUAACAGUUAUAGCUGUAAAGCAUUGUUAAAUGGUCAAUGUAUUGUUUGUGUGUGGCUCUGUACAUGCAGCUGGAAAAGCUAACGGCAGACUGUAUCGGUUAUUUAUUUUUAUAAGAAUACGGGAAUUUUUCAGACACUGUUUUCUAAAUAAAUAUUUCAGAACAA